UUUUUCUCGUCGCAAAUUGUCAGGAUGGCCGUAGAUCCUCCGACUGUUCGAGAUCUUCCACCUUCAGGUGUUGAUAGCAGUGAUAAUGAUGGAGAGCUUGACAUUGAGGGCACUAUUGAAGUUGAAGAGAGUCAAGUAGUUAGACCUCCGGGCGACAUAAACUCCGCGGGCAACUUGGCACCCAGCAACCGUCACCCUCCAUGGUUGCCAGAACACAUGUACCAUUUCAAGGGUACUGCCAUUGGUCCCACAGACUCAAUGGUCAUCUAUCCUGGAACCAUGAACCUUCCCCAGCAGUCUACAAGAGGAAACAGUCAGACUCAGGAGACUCCUUCCACCACUGUGACUGAUAGAACCCAAUCCACCACCCCCACGUCAUUAUAUGUUCCCAGCACAGGCCAGACAUUUGUGUAUGACAACAACCCUGGCACUUUCUUGGCAAGUGCUCAGCUUGUACAAGAACAACCGGUCAUUAGUGCUCAUUUACUGGAAGCACCAUCACAAUUUUGUGCCCAAACACCAUCUCAACUCUCUGGUUCCGGACGUUUUCUGCCAGAUACAAGUACAACAGGUGGCAAAUGGCUCUGUCUUGCACUGGCAUUGCUUGCUGUAGCUGGUGGCCUUGGAGUGACAGGAAUAUUGUGUGCCAGUGGGGUUUGUGGGAGCAGUAAUAAUGAGGUUCCACCAGCCAAUGCGACAACUGGAUCACCCUCUUAUGUCGAUACUUUGCCUCCACAGGUUACCGAUGUUGGCGACGAGAACCAGACAGCGGAAUUUAUGAUGAUGGCACAAACAGGUGGCAGCACAGAGCAAUUUUCGCCCGCGGGGACUUCUUCAGCACCGGCUUCGCAGGCGCUACAAUCAACUCCAGGAGAUGAUACUCAAAGCCAAACCUCUCUGCUUCCUCAAGUCAAUGAGUCUACCAAUGGUACUUUGCCUCCAUCGCCCCCUUCAAUGUCUCCGUCAGAGAGGGGUGCUGGUGUUCCCCCGGCAUCACCUUCUCUCCUAACACUGGUACCAUCAAUACAGUUGCCUGAAGGCAUUGCAUCCACCCCCCAAACACCAUCUCCAUCCCUACUGAGACGCCCAACUUUGAGGCCUAACACUAUGGUUCCUAUUGGAGAUCUGGCAGCUGCUGCAGAAAGCCCCACCAACAAUAUGGCAACAAGUAUUCAACCAACAAUCAUAUCAGCAACACAACAUCCAACUAAGCUUUCUUCCAAGGUGCCACCAUCCCCUCCGAGGCAAACGUUCGAUCCAGCGUUCAUUCUUACUACAUUGCCUCUCCCAGACCAAACACUCGCCCCAAUCAAUGAAUCAAGUCCAACGCCAACAACUGGAGCCACAUCAUCUCCAACAAUGAAGGCCACAGUACAGCCAAACCCCAGACCCAGACCAACUCCAAGUGCAACAACUGCAAAUCAAAACCCAGCACCAACAAACCAACCUACCACAGAGAAACCAAGCAACAGGCCAACGCCCAGGCCAACACGACUCUCAACCAAUAAUCCAACCCCCCUUCCAACAGCAGUCCCAACGAGUGCGAAGCCGACUCGUGCUCCUUCCCCUAAGCCUACAACUGAGAAUCCAACAAAUGCGCCAAGUCGCGACUCUACCAGGCCACCAACGAUCAAGCCAACAUCAAAUCCCAAGUCCCUUCCACCAACUAGGAACCCAACAAGGAACCCCACUCCUGAGCCUACACGAAGCCCAACUACGCCACCAACACCAAUCCCGACAAGAAAACCAACAAACAAUCCAACUCAAGAACCAACUAGGAAACCUACCCCUGAACCCACACCGAGCCCAACCAGAAACCCAACAAACAAUCCAACUCAAGAACCAACUAGGAAACCUACCCCUGAACCCACACCAAGCCCAACCAGAAACCCAACAAACAACCCCACUCCUAAACCUACUCUGCAACCUACAGAUCCCGCAGCGGAUGACGAUGAUGGUGAAGUUGACUCCAACCUGGGAGACGAUGACACAGGAGACGAUGAUUCAUGAUCUCCUCUCGAUUGACUUAGGUGGUCAGUGUUUCUUUUUGCUUGUUACUUCGUUGCACUAUUUUGAUAUUUCUAGUUGUACUAUUUAUAGAUCCCCACUUUCCUAUUUCUUCUGCACUGCUCUAUUCUUUAUCCGAAACAGUAAACUCCCCUCCCGCUAGUAGACUUGUAUUCUAGUUCAACAAAUAUUAAACAGUGAAACUGCAGAAAAAGAAAUUUGAAACCAACUUUGGGG